CACCCGAUAUUUCGUGGAAAAACUUAGGCUAUCAAUUACUAUAUAAAGGGACCCUUCUCUACUCAUCUUUCUCAAUUCUCAAUAUAAUAUUUCUUCUCUUAAAAAAAAAAAAAAAAAACUCUCUUUCUCCUUCGUUUGAUUCCCAAUACCAUCUCAAGAUGCAAAUCUUUGUGAAGACCCUCACUGGCAAGACCAUCACUCUCGAGGUUGAGAGUUCUGACACUAUCGAUAAUGUUAAGGCAAAGAUUCAAGACAAGGAAGGAAUUCCUCCUGAUCAGCAAAGGUUGAUCUUUGCUGGAAAACAACUGGAGGACGGCCGUACCCUUGCUGACUACAACAUCCAAAAGGAGUCGACCCUCCACCUUGUCCUCCGUCUUCGUGGUGGCAUGCAGAUUUUUGUGAAAACCUUGACUGGGAAGACUAUUACUCUCGAGGUUGAGAGCUCUGAUACAAUUGACAAUGUCAAAGCUAAAAUCCAAGAUAAGGAAGGAAUUCCUCCAGAUCAGCAGAGAUUGAUCUUCGCUGGAAAGCAGUUAGAGGAUGGCCGAACCCUUGCUGACUACAACAUUCAGAAAGAGUCCACCCUCCACCUUGUCCUUCGUCUGCGUGGUGGCAUGCAGAUCUUUGUGAAAACCUUGACAGGGAAGACUAUUACUCUUGAGGUUGAGAGCUCCGAUACUAUUGACAAUGUCAAAGCUAAAAUCCAAGAUAAGGAAGGAAUUCCUCCAGAUCAGCAGAGAUUGAUCUUCGCUGGAAAGCAAUUAGAGGACGGCCGUACCCUUGCUGACUACAACAUCCAGAAGGAAUCCACCCUCCACCUUGUCCUCCGUCUGCGUGGUGGCAUGCAGAUCUUUGUGAAAACCUUGACAGGGAAGACUAUUACUCUUGAGGUUGAGAGCUCCGAUACUAUUGACAAUGUCAAAGCUAAAAUCCAAGAUAAGGAAGGAAUUCCUCCAGAUCAGCAGAGAUUGAUCUUCGCCGGAAAGCAAUUAGAGGAUGGCCGUACCCUUGCUGACUACAACAUCCAGAAGGAGUCCACCCUCCACCUUGUCCUCCGUCUGCGUGGUGGCAUGCAGAUCUUUGUGAAAACCUUGACCGGAAAGACUAUUACCCUUGAGGUUGAGAGCUCAGACACUAUUGACAAUGUUAAGGCAAAAAUUCAGGACAAGGAAGGCAUUCCUCCAGAUCAGCAAAGGUUGAUCUUUGCUGGAAAACAACUUGAGGAUGGUCGUACACUUGCCGACUACAAUAUUCAGAAGGAAUCCACUCUCCAUUUGGUGCUGCGACUGAGGGGUGGUAUGCAGAUCUUUGUAAAGACGUUGACAGGGAAAACCAUCACUCUUGAGGUUGAGAGUUCGGACACCAUUGACAAUGUCAAGGCAAAAAUCCAAGACAAGGAAGGGAUCCCACCUGACCAGCAGAGGUUGAUUUUUGCUGGGAAACAGCUUGAGGAUGGAAGGACUCUUGCAGAUUACAACAUUCAGAAGGAAUCAACCCUCCAUCUGGUGCUGCGUCUGAGAGGUGGUAUGCAGAUAUUUGUGAAGACAUUGACGGGUAAGACUAUUACCCUGGAGGUAGAAAGUUCAGACACCAUUGAUAAUGUGAAAGCAAAGAUCCAAGACAAAGAAGGGAUUCCCCCGGACCAGCAGCGUUUGAUCUUUGCUGGCAAGCAGCUCGAGGAUGGGAGGACUCUCGCUGAUUACAACAUUCAGAAAGAGUCUACACUCCAUUUGGUGCUCCGUUUGAGAGGAGGGAUGCAGAUCUUCGUCAAGACUCUGACUGGGAAGACCAUUACCUUGGAGGUGGAGAGCUCGGACACCAUUGAUAAUGUGAAGGCAAAGAUUCAGGAUAAGGAGGGUAUCCCACCAGACCAGCAGAGGCUGAUUUUUGCUGGUAAACAGCUGGAGGAUGGUCGCACCCUUGCUGACUAUAACAUCCAGAAAGAAUCCACUCUUCACCUGGUUCUUCGUCUCCGUGGUGGCUUUUGAAAACUUUUGAGAAUUUUUAGUCCUAUGCUCGAUCUUAUUACUGUUGAUACUGCUUCGAUCCUUUGGUCGAAAGAUGUUUUUAAAUUUGUGGUUAUGCUUUGGUGGCAUCGCGUUUUCAUAAAUGUCGUGUUUGAACAAUCGUUUCUUUGAAUAAAUUUAGCUGUGUUACUAUGUAA